CCCGGAGCCGCCGCCAUGGGCCGGUCCCGGCCGGGCGAGCGCGGGCCCCCCAGCCCCGGCCCCGCCGCGCCCCCCGCGCCCCCCGCGCCCCCGCCGCGCUGCGCUCGCGCCCUGGCGCUGCUCGGGGCCCUGCUCGCCGCCGCCGCCGCGGCCGCUGCCGCCCGGGCCUAUGCCCGCUACACCGAGGCCCAGGCGGCCGCGCGGCAGGAGUCGGCGCUGAAGGCCCUGGGGACGGAAGGCCUCUUUCUCUUCUCCUCCUUGGACACCGACCGCGAUCUGUACCUCAGCCCCGAGGAGUUCGGGCCCCUCGCCGAGAAGCUGACAGGGUCAACUCCUACAGCCAGCUACGAGGAGGAGGAGCUGCCCCCUGACCCCAGCGAGGAGACACUCACCGUAGAAGCCCGAUUCCAGCCUCUGCUCCCAGAGUCCAUGACCAAGAGCAAAGAUGGGUUCCUGGGGGUCUCCCGCCUGGCCCUGUCUGGCCUCCGCAACUGGACAGCCGCAGCCUCGCCGCGCGCACAGUUCGCCGCCCGUCACUUCCGGCCCUUCCUCCCCCCGCGGGGCCAGGCGGAGCUGGGCGAGCCCUGGUGGAUCAUCCCCAGUGAGCUGAGCGUCUUCACCGGCUACUUGUCCAACAACCGCUUCUACCCGCCGCCACCCAAGGGAAAGGAGGUCAUCAUCCACCGGCUGCUGAGCAUGUUCCACCCGCGGCCCUUCGUGAAGACCCGCUUUGCCCCGCAGGGGGCAGUGGCCUGCGUGACCGCGGUCAGCGACUUCUACUACACCGUGAUGUUCCGGAUCCACGCCGAGUUCCAGCUCAGUGAGCCGCCCGACUUCCCCUUCUGGUUCUCGCCCGGCCAGUUCACCGGCCACAUCGUCCUCUCCAAAGAUGCCACCCACGUGCGUGACUUCCGGCUCUUCGUGCCCAACCACAGAUCUCUGAAUGUGGACAUGGAGUGGCUGUAUGGGGCCAGUGAGAACAGCAAUAUGGAGGUGGACAUCGGCUACAUACCCCAGAUGGAGCUGGAGGCCACAGGCCCCUCAGUACCCUCCGUGAUCAUGGAUGAGGAUGGCAACAUGAUUGACAGCCGCCUGCCCUCGGGGGAGCCCCUCCAGUUUGUGUUUGAGGAGAUCAGGUGGCAGCAGGAGCUGAGCUGGGAGGAGGCUGCCCGGCGCCUGGAGGUGGCCAUGUACCCCUUCAAGAAGGUCACCUACCUGCCAUUCACCGAGGCCUUCGACCAAGCCAAGGCCAAGAACAAGCUGGUGCACUCGAUCCUGCUGUGGGGGGCCCUGGACGACCAGUCCUGCUGAGGUUCCGGGCGGACUCUCCGGGAGACGGUCCUGGAAAGUUCGCCCGUCCUUGCGCUCCUCAACGAGAGCUUCAUUAGCACCUGGUCCCUGGUGAAGGAGCUGGAGGACCUGCGAAACAACCGGGAGAACCCCUCCCACAAGAAGCUGGCAGACCUGCACCUGGAGAAGUACAGCUUCCCCGUGGAGAUGAUGAUCUGCCUGCCCAAUGGCACCGUGGUCCACCACAUCAACGCCAACCACUUCUUGGACCUCACCUCCAUGAGGCCAGAGGACGUGGAGAACAACGCCUUCAGCUUCGCGUCCACCUUUGAAGACCCGUCCACGGCCACCUACCUGCAGUUCCUGAAGGAGGGCCUCCGGCGUGGCCUGCCACUCCUCCAGCCCUAGUGUGCCGCCGGGGCCCUGAGAAGCGGCCGGGCAGGAGCUGGGAAGAAAGGCCUCCGCAAGGAGGGCCACAUUUAAGCUCAGGCAUCCCCCCGCCCCCCCCCCCCGCCAGGAUGCCUGUGAGGUCAGAGGCCAACUCAGGUGGCUGUCCUCGCUUUGCAUCUCUUUGGGGGGAGUUGGCAAGGCGCGCCUGGGCUGGCCUGUGGGUGAACCUCUAGCUCCAGCUGCCACCAUCAGCCCUUUACUACCCACCUGGCUCCGGAAGCUGCUUGGGACCCCCCAAAACGGAGCCUGGGGCCCUUUCCCUAGACCUCACCCUCUCGGACACACUGUCCAGGCCCUUGUGCGGUGAAGAAUAGGGAGCAGUGGGCCACCCCGUUUACCCUACUGUCACCCCUUCCCCAAAGGAACAUCGAGAAGCCCUGGCGUGGGGUGGGUGCCAGAGAAGUGCUCCUGUUUUUGUCCGGAGCCUUCUUCCUGGCCACAGCCCUGGCUGCCCUCCUGUGCCCUCCCCAGGGGGUCAGGCUCUGGGCAGAACCCUCCUUCAGAAGCAGAAACCAUACAGCACCCCAGGCCUUGGCUCCCCAGACCAGUGUAGUCUACUCGACUUAAUGAGAGGACCCCAAACCUGUUUGGGGACUUGCUGGAGGCCAGCUGCCCUUAGGAAGGGGGUCCCUGAGGCCCAGACCCAAGGCACCACCCCGCCCACCUCAGCACAGGGUCGCAGGAGCACUGUUGGAACCAGAGCCCUGGUGUUGCUUUCUGCCCCCGAGACCUCAGUUCCACGGAGUGUCGCCCAGCCAAGGAGCAGCCGGCUGUCCGGCUGUCAGGGCAGCCCAGACCAGCUUGUCCACCCCUGGACGGGUGCUGACACUCCUUGGCCAAGCUUGGGGCCUCCGUUCGCAUCCCAAGCCACUGACCACGGCCAGUCACUCUUUUAUACAUGCAGGAAAGUGUUUUUACGUGAACUUUCUCACCAUUUGUAGGUGUUUUUUAUAACCCCGCGCUAAGGAGAAGGAAGGGGCCAGGCUUCCUCCAGCAGCUGCGCAUGAUGGCUGGGUCUGAAAUCCUAGAAGGGCCCGGCUUGAUAUCCCUGCAGUUGCCCCCGUGGGAAGAAACAGUCCUCUCUCCCUUCUCUUCUAGUUUUUUAAAAACAGUCAGAGGGCCUGACUGCCCCUGGUGGGGCACCAAGACAGCACAUCCAGGAAAGACAGCUAGAGUGGACUUGCACUCUUGCCCACUCAGCCCAUGAGGGCCCAGGCCUUUCACUAAGGCCUUGCAGCCAAGCCUGCCCCCCACCCUACACCUGGAAGAGGAAGGCAGGCAGGCGCUUCCGCAGACACAGCCCCAGGCCGUCUCUAGCUGAGGCAUUUUGUUAAGAUUACAUGUCUUUUCUCAUGGAAUCCUCACAGCAAGCCUGUGAGGUGGAUAUUAAUUGUUCCCGUUUUGCAGAUGAAGAAACCGAGUCUCAGGAAAACUGACUUGCCCAGAGUCACUCAGUGGCCGAGUUGAGAUUCAGCCUGAGUCUUGAUUGAAGGGUGUUUUGCACCCUUACCACGCCCCUGCCUGUUUUCACCGAGGUGAAAAAGAAAGCCUUUCAAAACAAAAUGUCUCAUUCCCUUCUGAUCUCUAGACCAAAUGAGGCAUGAGUUAGCGAGCUCAGCCAAGUUCAUGUCCUCUGGGAGGCACUCUUCCAAGCCCUUCACAGGGAGGGACGACCCGAAACCUUUCCCAGUGCUUCCAAGCACGGGAGGCAGUAAGGUACUGGUUGUUCGGGCUUUCGGCACCCUCCUCAGAUGCUUCUGCCUGACCCCCAUGUGCCUCGAAGCUCAUGGCGGGGGAGGGCCCCCAGCUGCCCUCUUGCCACACCUCUGCCACUUUCCUCCCUGUCCCCAACACGUCCUGUAAUAAAAUUGGAGAUA